AUGGAACCCGAUUUCGACGAGGAUGAUCUCAUCAAUGACUACAUUGAGGAAUCUUACGAGCCGCCGACGGCCGAAUACGAUGUAGACUUUUUCGAAGAAAUGAUGGCCAGCGGUGGCGUUACCAAAACGACGACGGGUAGUAGGACCAACGAUGCGACGACAAUGGGCAAGCAGUCAGUACUCGUGCCGGUCGAGAAUACGGGUGCGGUAGUCAAUCCUGCGCCUGUAGAUCCGCACGUUAGUGUUCGUGAUGCAUUCGAACAACGCGCCGAAAAGCCUACCGAGAAUCUCUUCACCUUUGAGCGGUACAACUACAAUAUGGAUUGGAGGGCUCCUCGCCAAGCCAAUUCGCCGAGCGGCAAUACCAUGCAAGCCAAGGAAUGGAAAAAGUCGGAACCGGGAAGGAGACGGAAUCGAGACUUGUUCGGAGCAUACGACGACGACGACAAUCCGGAAAUCACGCUAUCCGUGGGAAUAUCCAGACAAGUGAGCAAUAGAUUGCCGUCGGCACCGGAUGCACAAUUGUUGGAGUUUGGCACCAAAUCAGCCCGAUCCCAAAUGGGUCGGAAACGACCUUGCUACCGAUCGCACUCCAUGCCCACACGACCACAGGUGGGACGGCACCAGCAAAUACCCAUGACGCUGGGUGACGGGACCCGUGUGCAUCUCAACGUGAAGGUUCCCGCUAGUGACGGCAAGCUAGAUGGUGGUGAAGGUAUCGGACACAAAAACGAUACCCACAACUCUUUGGGAAUUUCUGUUGCGGAACUCAUGGAGCGGGUACAAGCAAUUCGCCGUAGGCAAGAACACGACAAACAGCAGCACUGUAACACUGAUCAUGACGACCCAGUCCACGGAGAUAGUCACCGUCAUUUGGGGACGGAGGACCAUCGUUUGUGGGUAGAUAAGCAUGCCCCCACGUCCUUUGCGCAUCUUCUUUCCGACGAACGUACCAAUCGCGAAGUAGUGCGAGCUCUGCGCGCCUGGGAUCCGUACGUCUUUCGGCGAGAUCCCCCACCGCGGCCCGAUUUUGGGUACUCCGCCAAACCAUCGGAUUUUCAUUCGGAUCGCAAAAACGAACAUGGCAGUGGCAAGAGUAGGGAUAGCAGUCGGCAAGAUCGCCGCCCGGAAGAGUCGUGUAGAGUCAUUUUGUUAUCGGGACCGCCAGGUGUCGGCAAGACUACUCUGGCGCACAUUGUCGCCCGGCAUGCUGGUUAUCGUCCAUUGGAAGUCAACGGAUCGGACGAACGUUCGGCUUCUGCUUUAACGGAACGAAUCGUUCGAGCCAUGGAAUCUACAACUCUCCACACUGCAAAGAUGCGAAGAAGUGUACACAACCACGAGUGCAAAGACGAUUCCCUACCAAAGCCCAACUGUGUCAUUCUGGACGAGAUUGAUGGUGCGGAUGCCAAAGGUUCCAUACAGGCCAUUGUGAACAUAAUUCGAGCCGAUAUUCCAGCCAAGUCACAGGCUUCCAAAGCACAAUAUUUGCGGCGCCCCUUAAUUUUGAUAUGCAACAACAAAUAUGCGCCGACGCUGCGGGCUUUACUGCCUUACGCAAAAGCCUUUCACGUCAAUCCGCCGUCGCCAGCUCGCUUGGUUGCUCGCCUCCGAUCCGUGCUGACGGCGGAAAACCUAACAGCGGGAGGUGGCAGCUCGUUGCUAAAUCAAUUAGUAUCGGUCGCAUCCGGUGACAUUCGCUCCUGUUUGCACACCUUGCAAUUUGCGUCCUCGCGGUCCAAGGAGCUGGCCACCCACGCGGAAGAAGCCCCGUCCGUUAUCGAUUUGUCCGACAGCUUGCGCGGUGCCAUGUCGGGGGAUGGCCUCAAGGAUGAACGAAACGAUAUGGCUGGUACAAUCACGAGCGUAUUUCGGAAGAGAAAGGAUCGAACCUUUCUUGAUAGCAAGCGUGUCAUGCAAGACAAGCGCCCGAGCUCAACGCGCAUUUUCGAGGCUGUGCAGAAUUUUGGGGACAAUCUUCGUAUCCUGGAUGUUUUGUUUCUCAAUGUACUCCGCGUUUCGUACAUCGACCCAACCUUGGACCGCUGUGCAGCAGCUCACGAAUGGUUGUCGAGUUCGGAUCUGUGUCCGCGGCAGGUUCCGUCCACCGCCGGUGCGAUUCAUUUACUGUGUCGCGUCGAACAGCGCCCGGACUUAUCCUUUUCAACACGGGAGCUUAUGGACAGUCGCUACCAGUUUGAAGCGAAUCAGUCUCUGGCGCAAAAGUUUGCUGAAGGGCUUUCAAUGCAGACACGAAGUCGGUCAACGAGCUUAUUGGCGACGGAAACCAUCCCGUACAGCUUAUGGGUACUUUCCGCAGGGGAAGGUAGCAGUGGGGCCCUAGAUCGGGCCGCUACGUCUCUGCAAAUUCUGAAUAAGGCAGAACUUGGUUCCUUUCACAGACACGUUAUGUCUUUGCGAUGUUUGGGCCUUAGUUAUGUCGCGGAGCAGGAGGAAGCCGCACCGGGCGAGUUCAAAGGGAUCACUGGCAGCGUUCUCCGUCUCGAGCCACCAAUCGAUCGCCUCGCACACUUUAUGGACCUGACGCGAGCCAAGAGUCAAAAACGAAUUGAGAUUCCCAUAGCGAUGAAAGAGUUGCUGGCACAAAGUGUGCUUCACGAAAAUAUGCGCCAUCUCGGAGCCCAAGCGCAGUCCAAGGCGAUCUCCACGAAAGUUCGGUCCAAGCUGCCGGCGCCCUCCGUGGUGGCCGCCCCGAUGGAAGCAGCGCCUGAAUUGUCCGCGAUGAACACUUCCUCUCCCGACAAACGGGAAGCGGCUAGUAGUUCCGACGCACCACUCGCCAAGCGCCGCAAAACACCAUCACCAACCAAAGCUACGGCCCACAAUUUUUUGGGACUACAGGCUCGCAAAGUCAAGCAGCAGCGGUCAGCCCGUACGGCGGCCCGCGUGGGAGUCGAGCGUUCCCACAAACAUCAAACGUCUCAUACGGGCAGUGGUGUUCCGUUGACCCAAAUUGUCCGCCUCCGGUACAUCAAGGGUUUUACACAGGCCGUUCGGGCACCGUGUCGAUUGGAAGACUUGGCGUAA